CGCGUGUAUUCCGCUUCGGGGUGCUAUACUUCAACAUGUCCCUCCCGCCGCUGCUCUCCCUCGCCAUGCCGUGCCUCGCCGCUCUCUGCUCAAUCCGUCAUGAGGCUCUCAAUCCUCGCCUUCCUCCCUCUGCUGGCCGGCGCCUCUCCUCUCAGUCUCAAGUCCAAGUCUGACAGCAAUCCUCUCUGGUACGACCAAGGUCUCUAUGGCGCCUACCCGACACAGGAGUACGUUUCUUUUGACUUGAGUUCCCCGCGCGUGAACAUACUCCAAUGGAACUCCAAAUGCGACCAGAGCUAUACCUUCCUUGAGCCUCGAGGCCGGUCCGUCGCCGAUCCUGGCCCAAUGAUCUUGGACGCGCGCGGAAAUCUCGUCUAUACGGAGAAGAAAUAUGGUCAGGCCAUGGACUUGAGGGUGCAGAGGUACAAGGGAGAAGAUUUCAUAACAUUCUGGGCGGGCAAUGAUGACGGGACUCAUGGGCGCGGAAGAUACUACAUGCUGGAUUCUUCGUACGAAGUCAGACAUGUAGUAGGCCCCGCCAACAACCUCGAAGGAGACCUCCACGAGUUCCAAUUGACCCAGAAUGGUACUGCGCUCAUGACCAUUUACGAAAUCAUACCGGCAGACUUGUCUGCCAUGGGAGGACCCAAGGACGGCUGGAUCUACGACGGCCUGUUCCAGGAAAUCGAUGUUGCUACGGGCGACUUGAUCUUCCAAUGGCGCGCAUCUUCGCACUACCACAUUAGCGACUCGUUUGCGCCACGCAAGAGCAAGGGAAAGAGCCACGACGACGCGUGGGACUAUUUCCACAUCAACAGCGUCGACAAGGAUGCCGAUGGAAACUACUACAUUAGCUCGCGCUACAUGCACACAAUCACUUGUAUCAGCCCUAAGGGCGAAGUCUUGUGGAAGCUGGGCGGCGCAGCGAGCGACUUUCGGGACCUCAGUCAGGGCGCCGCGAGCAACUUUUCCUGGCAACACCACGUACGCUGGUUCCAAGGCAACCAAUUGACCGUAUUCGACAACGCCGCCUAUGAUAACAACGUCGCCACGAUGCCGUAUUCGCGCGGCCUGCUUAUCCAGCUCGACAUGGAGGCGAUGACCGCAACCCUUAUCACCGACUUCGUCAGCCCUAUGCACAUUUCCGCGCACUCGCAGGGCUCCGUCCAGCGCCUCAAUAGUGGAAACUACUUCGUUGGGUGGGGACAUUCGGCCGCGUACACUGAAUUCACUCCUCAAGGACAUGUGGUGUGUAACGUGCAUUUCGGCGCGUCGUCCUUCUUUGGCUGGGGUUGGAUCAAAUCAUACCGGACGUUCAAAGGCGCAUGGGUCGGGCGCCCGAACACACUCCCCGCGAUUGCGCGCAAGCGGAACAAGGUCUAUGUGUCGUGGAACGGGGCAACGGAGGUCAAGAGCUGGAAGCUGCAGGGCACGGACAAGGUGAAGGGCAACUUCACCGACAUUGACACCAUCAAGAAAAACGGUUUCGAGGACGCCUUCUCCAUCACGGGGACGUAUGGAGAUUUCCUCAGGGUCGCGGCGCUGGACAGCGAAGGCGAGGUCAUGGCUGUGUCGGAACUGAUGAACGCGGUGACAGGGCAAAUAGUCAACCACGCCUACACACCCAUCCAAGACUCCGACGUCGUGCCCCUCCAGUUCCUGCUCGUGCUCCUCUCGCUCGUCACCCUCGCCGCCGCAGGCUACGCCGUGCGCAAGCCCGCCCUCGGCUACGCCAACGCCAUCCGCCUCCGCUUCCGCCGCGUGCACAUAUGAGCCGCCACCGCCGCCGCUUCUGGGACCCCUCCCCUUUUUUUCCUUCCGUGCCGCGUGUGUCCCCUCACUCUCACACACCUUGGCUCCUGCCCCUUAAAGCGAGCUCCGCACGCGCGCUUCGCCGCGCCGCGUGGCUUCCGUCGUCACACU